AUGUUAUUUUUGACACCAAGAUAUCUCACCACAUUCGAUUCCCGGGGCGAGUGCAGAAACACGCGAGAGCAGUGCAGUCAUCAAGGGCCUCGAACCACCAUCUGCUCAGGCCUCGGGUUGCCAUUGGGUGUCCCCGUGACUAGUCACUCGACUCUAGUAGCCUCAGGAGAGGAGACACGGGAAGCCGGGGGAAGACGACAGAAGGAAAGGAAAGGGGCUAUCGUCCCCGAGACCGAGACGCGAAGGAAGGGACGCUGCUGGGACCGGACAGCCGAUAGCGCGGCAGAAGAGGGAGCUGCAACCAACAGGCAGACCAAAGGGGCAGAGAGGGAGACCUUGAGUGACGUUAGCGAGAAGACGGGCAUCGUAAUUCGCUCAUCUGAGAAGAAGCAAGGACUGGGAAGGACAUCCGAUCGGUCGCUUGACCGAUUGUCUCGUGGUGCCGAGAAAUCUCUUCAGUGGGGUGACAUUUUGUCCGGCUUCGUGGGAGCACGAGACGCCGGCAUAGCCUCGCCCGACGGGAAUAGGACCAUCAGUUUCUAG